AUCUUUACUUGUAAUACUAGAUUCUGUAACAUCAUGGACGAAGAAAUACGUACUCUAUGGUGUGGAAAUUUAAGCGAGAAAGUAACAGAAGAAAUUUUAUAUGAGUUAUUCUUACAGGGUGGGCCUGUACAAAGAGUUAGUAUUCCUAGAGAUCGUGAUGGCAAGCAAAGAACAUAUGGAUUUGUAAUAUAUAAACAUAUUGAUUCUGUAUCAUAUGCUUUAAAACUGUUUGAUGGUACAAUGUUAUUCAAUCGUUCUAUUUGCAUAAGCACGAGGAACAACACAGAUUUACCUCAGAAAACAAACUCACAGGAUCAGAUUUAUGAUGUAAACCAUCUGCUUCAGUUAGGCCAACAGAUGAAAGUAGAUAUAUUUGGAACAAGUAUGUUGCCAAGUUCCUCAGGUCUUCAUUGUAAGCAACUAGACGUUCACUCUUAUAACGAUGAUAGAAGAUCCAGGAGAGCACAUCCUUAUCAGAGAGAACAAAAUAAAAAUAACCAUCAUAAGGAUCAGAGGUCUAGAAACACUCGUGAUGGUCAUAGAUUGAGCGCCUAUUCUAGACGCGACUAUAAAAAUAAUAGACGUAAUUAUUAUUGA